CUGGGUCUCUGCUUGUCUUCCCUUCUCUUCCUGGACAGUCGCUGUAGGCAGUCUGGAGUUGGCAGGUGUUUGGGCCACCUCGCUCCUCGUCUUGAGCAGGUUUGUCCAAGUUCACUGAUGAGCAUUUACUACAGACACCACUCUGCUGAGUUCCUGCUGCAGGAGGCAUAACUGCUGGGCUGUUCAAGUCUCAGGGAAGGUUGUAGCGGUGCCCAAGCUCUUGGGUGCUGGAAGCAAACCCACGAGUCCUUUCCAAGAACUUCUGCUGCAGGUGGAGAAGUUCCCGUGAGCAGCAAAGAUGCUGAGGCAGAUACUGUCGGAUAUGUUCAUAGACCCUGACCUGCUGGCAGAGCUCAGCGAAGAGCAGAAACAGAUCUUGUUCUACAAGAUGAGAGAGGAACAGAUCCGGCGAUGGAAAGAAAGAGAAGCAGCCAUGGAAAGAAAGGAGUCCUUGCCAGCGAAAUCCAGGCCAAAAAAAGAGAAUGGCAAGUCUGUCCAUUGGAAGCUGGGCGCUGACAAGCAGGUGUGGGUGUGGGUAAUGGGCGAGCACCAUCUGGACAAACCCUACGAUGUGCUAUGUGAUGAGAUCCUUGCUGAGAGGGAGCACCUGAGGGCAGCGAAGGCUUCAGAGCUCAGGAAAGCUCAGUCUCUAGAACUCACCAAUAGCUUAAAAGUCCAGUCACAGAACUGCGACCUGCAAGCACUGAAGAAGACAGAGCCUCAGAAUGUCACCAGGAAAGCAGCUUCAGAAGAGGCAUCAGGUCAAGGACCCAGAGCAACACCAACCAGGGAGGAAGACAAAGCCCAAACUAAGGAACUCAUAAAGAAAAAAGACCAUGAAGAAAUGAAACAGACAGAGGAUGAGAAAACCAAGGAAAUAUACAAGAGCUGGAAAGAAGACUCAGAAUGGCAAGCAUCUUUGAGAAAAUCUAAGGCAGCUGAUGAGAAGCGACGCUCCUUAGCUAAGCAAGCACGGGAAGACUACAAGAGGCUAUCUCAAAGAGGAAGGAGUGGCGACGGACUGCAGAGCCCACAGAAGCCCAGAAGACCUCCUCUUCCUCCGAAGCCCCAGUUCCUACAGCCGCCAGGAAUUCCUCCAAAGUCUUUAGGGAAUCAGGGAGUGAUAAGGACCGAGACCAGCUCCGCCCACAAGGACACCAUCCGAUGGUUCAAAGAGGAACAGCUGCCAUUCCGUGCAGGUUACGAGAAAAACACAGACACCAUUGCUCCUUGGUUCCAUGGGAUUCUCACACUAAAGAAAGCAAACGAACUUCUGAGCACAGGCGUGCCAGGCAGUUUUCUGAUCCGAGUCAGUGAAAAGAUCAAGGGCUAUGCCCUGUCCUACCUGUCUGAGGAAGGCUGCAAGCAUUUCCUCAUAGAUGCAUCUGCCAACUCUUACAGCUUCCUGGGUGUGGACCAGCUGCAGCACGCUACCCUGGCAGAUUUGGUGGAAUAUCACAAGGAGGAGCCCAUAACCUCUCUGGGAAAGGAACUCCUGCUGUACCCCUGUGGUCAACAAGACAAGCCACCCGACUACCUGGAGCUCUUCCAGUGACAUCUCUCAUCCAAGAUCAGCCGCUAGCCUCCAGCUGGGUUCUUCUCUGGACAGACAACCUCUGAGAUGGAUAUUUGUGCGUGAUGCCAAAACCUCUCUGUGACAGAGCCAACCGUGAACAGUGUCUGUGAGGUCUUCAUUGAAACCUCUCUUCUGCAUAAAUGCUGGAUUCAGUUUAAGGGGAUAUUACCUCUCUCUCAUCCUCAUUCUUAAAGGAAAAGGGGAAAGGUACCCACAUCAGCGACAUCCUAAUAUGAAGGAUAGGACCUUGAAGGAUAUGAUCAUAAGGAUGCAUAUAAGAUAAAAGGACAAGGGUACACUGAAAUCUUUUUAGCAAUUAAGAUGUUACUUUAAAAGAAUAAGUGAACAAUUUCAUGAUCUACACAUUCCCUUUCUGUUAUUCACUCAAAGGUCCCAGUAUUAUGAAUUGUUAAGAAUGCUAGAAAGAUGUCCCCACCGGGGGAUGAGAUUAUCUUCAAAAGACCACCCUUUCUGUGUCGGUUGGAGUGAGGAUAUAGAAGACAGAAGAGGAACACCCAAGUGUAAAUUGAAAGACAAGUUUUAAGACUUGGGAUGAGAGACUUAAGAUAUACCAAGAAACAAACACACAAAGGUUUUAGUGUGACAAUAACCCUGAGUGUAAUGGUUUAAAUAUGCUUGGCCCAUCGGGAGUGGUAUUAUUAGGAUGUGUGACCUUGUUGGGGUAGGUGUGGCUUUGUUGGAAGAAGUGUGUCACUGUGGGGGUGGGCUUUGAGACCCUUCUCCUAACUGCCUGAUAGAUUCAGUCUUCUUGUUCCCUUUGGAACAAGAUGCAGAACUCUCAGCUCCUCCUUUGCCAUACCUGUUUGGAAGGUGACAUGGUCCUGCCUUGAUGAUAAUGGACUGAACCUCUGAAUAUGUGAGCCAGCCCCAAUUAAAUGUUGUCCUUUAUAAGAAGAGUUGCCUUGGUCAUGGUGUCUCUUCACAACAUUGGAAACCCUAACCAAGACACCUGAGUAAUCUUAGAGUUUGCUUCUUCAUUCUGCUCUGCCUCCCUUCCCUCUGUCUGAAAGUAAAUAUAGAAGAUGCUGUGCACGGCCAUGUAAGGACUUGUGUGUUCAUGAGACCGGGAGAAGAACUGAAUAAGUGAGUAGUUUGGAUACCUCCUGAAGGUUGAAAUGUGUCCCACACCAAAAAUACAUGAAGUCCUGACUCCCCCUGUACCUGAAUAUCAACUGAUAUAGAAAUAGGGUCUUUGCAGAAAAGAUAAGUAAGAUAGGCCCCAAAUCUAAUGAGUUGUGUCUGUAUAAGGGAUAAAGAUACAGAAAAAGACAAACAGAAGGAUGAAGGUUAAAGGACCACAGAAAUAGAGAGUAGCGUGAUGUAGCUGUGAGCAGAGGAUGGCGAGGAUUAUGGAAGGCAGCAGGACCCAGGGACAGAUUCUCCCCAGGACUCUAGAAGAAAACAUGGCUCUGUUCGUACUUGUUUGCACCUUUAUUUAAGCCUUUUAGGCAUUAGAAAUGUGUGCUAAACCUAUAAAUCACUGAAUAUGUGGCAACCUUUUAAAGCAGCCCCAGGAAACUAGUGCAAUAGUUUAUGUAACCAUGUAUCCUGCAUAAGUUUCACGGACUUGUUUCUUCCUCCUUAGUGUGCACCCUCAAGAGAAAAUAGAAGUAGGAUAUGGGAAAAAGACCCUGAGUAAUGCUGGCUACCCCUGGGACACAGAUUUAUUCAGCAAGUAAUAUCCUACCCUACAUUAUCUUUAAAUCAAAAUCUCCAUCCAUUCCUUGGACAGCAUCAAUGAGGCAAGGCUAUGCUCUGGAUGCUGAGCAGGGCAUCUGUGAGUCACUCAAUGUCCUUUUUCCUGGGAGGAAGUUACUUUGUCCAUAGCUAAGCCUAUCAGUGCUGGCUUUCUUUUUAUUUUGCCUUUUGACUAAAGUAGAUGACACUGCAGUCUGUCCUUUGUGUGACUUACUCGUUCCAAAGCACAAUGUGCCAGCAUAGAGGUUGACGUGCACUCUAGUGAGAAAAGUCUGACAUUCAGAUUACAGUCAACUGUUUCUUGAAAUAUUCCAAUUGUAUUGUUAAAUUUAUAUGAGUCUCUGCCACUUCACUUUGUUGUAACUUCUCGGAGUCUCUGCUGUUCCCAUUGCUCUCCACUUUUUCCUGAGUAUGUUGAAUAGGCACUUGACCUAACUAUGUUAGUUAUUUUCCUCAUUGCAGUGACAAACAUACCUGACAAAGGCAACUUAAGGAAGCAACGAUUUAUUUCGGUUCGUGGUGUGCAAGUGCGGUCCAUCAUGAUGGGGAAGGCAUGGUGGUAGGCCACUGAGGCAGCUGGUCACAUAGAACCCAGAUUUAGGAAGUCCAGAGAGAUGACAGCACUCUCCUUUUUAUUCAGUCUGCGAUCCCAGCCCAUGGGAUAGUAUUGCCCACAUCCAGGACAGGGCUUCCCUCUUUGGCUAAAUCUUUCUGGAAACACUUUUCACAAGCAUAUCCAGAGGUGUGUGUUUUCCUACAGUGAACCUAAAUCCAAUCAAAUUGACAAGAUGAAGCAUCACACUAUCUGUCUUAGUUUAGUUUCAUUUCUGUGAAGAGACAUCAUGCCUAUGGCAACUCUUAUAUGAACAGCAUUUAACUGGGGCUGUCUCACAGGUACAGAGGUGCAGUCUGUUAUCAUCAUCAUGACAGCAUGCAGGCAGACAUGGUGCUGGAUGUGUUGAAAGUCCUACCAUCUUGAUCUGCAGGCAGCAGAAGGGGACUGCACUCCACAGGAAGUCAGAGAGGAAGCUCUCCUUCCUUAUUCGGCAGAGCCUGAGCAUAGACACCCCAAAGCCCACCCUCAGAGUGACACACUUCCUCCAUCAAGACCACAUAUCUUAAUAGUGCCACUUCUCAUAGGCCAAGCAUAGUCAACCACCACACUAUUCAAUCCUCAGUUUUAUUGCACAGGAAUGGUCUUUUAACUGAGUGACCUCUAUUUUUCCUCCAGCUCUGAAAGCACAAGGAUCUGUGUUCUGUUACUCAGUGGAAUAAGUUGAAAGUAUCCUUAAAUCACUGAUAAUUUUGAAAAAACAUUUGAGAUUCCAGAAUCAUCCUCUGCCUAAAAUUGUAUUGUAGGCAAUAAGUAUGGCUGUGUCCAAAUGUAUCUGUGUUUAGCGACUGAAAGAAGACGAAGAGGCAACUCAGUCCAGUUAACCUGAUGUAUUACCAAGAGGGUACACUGAGUUCUGUAGUGCUUUUAUCUUACUGGUUAUAAACAUGCAGAGGAAUAAACUGUCUAGUGCUUGGUGAUACAAUGGCCGGGAGCCAUAUUUGAAAUUCUGAGGGUAGGAAAAUGGUUUAUAGAAUUGAGAAUUUCAACUAAAUGGGCUGAGGAAAGCUGACUGCUCUCCCUCAUUGUCCUCAGAGUUUCUGGCACUAGGUGUGGCCUGAGGUGGAGUCUAGCUCUAACCCUGAUCUCCUCUUUCUGCUGUGUCAACAAGACCAGAUUCCUGCCCUUCCUGCUCAAGCUUUCUUGGCCUGGGGCUUUUAGGCGGUUGUAUAAGUUUCCAAUCCCAGGACCUUGAACCCAUGGACGCUUGUGUGUUGGGCUGGAGCCAAGUGUCGGUAACUGCCCACAUUGAUUCUUCUUUCCAUCAGUAAGAUUCUGGAAACUCCAUGCUACAGUCAUCUCAGACUUUUAUGGCCAUGGCAAGCUAGGCCAAGAAGUGUUAGCCAAAUUGUAUCUAGGCUAAGGAAGAACACAGGAUCAAUCAAGACCAAAAGGGACCAAAGAGACAGAGCAUGAACAGCCUGUCCCACUCACACUUAAGGGCUUCUAUAACCGGACUUCUCCUACGUGAGCUCAGGCCUUUAGUCCAUUAGUCAUUCAUUCGUCUGUUCUAGUCUGCUUUCUAUUGCUGUGGUAACACCAUGACCAAAAGCAACUUGGGGGAGAAAAAGAUUUACUUUGCUUACACUUCCAAAUCAUAAUCAAUUACUGAAAGAAGUCAAGGCAGGAACGGAAGCAGAGGACCGUAAGUAAUGUUUUGUGGCCUAAAUGUUUGCAAUGUCUUCUGUAUAUAGACAUCCCUUUCAGUACACUAGAAUCUGGGCAUAUCUGUGGCCCUCACACAUAUGUAGUAGGUGGCUUUCACUUAUUUUGAGUAUAGGAUACACAAUAGAUAUUUAUAGAAUGGCAUGUAUAUAUCCUUGGAGCCUCCUUGCUUCAGGUUUUGUGGAGAACAAAGUAAAUGAUUUUAUUUCAAGAUGCAGUAAGUGCACAUUUCUUAGAAAGCAGCUUUUCCCCCUUUUAAUUGGAGCUUUUCCCUAACUACAUCUUUAAUAUUUUUGUUUAAAUUGUUUGUUCCUGUUCUUUAGGGAUACCUCUAAGCCAUGCUCUGAGUUUUCUUAUCUUCUAUUUUCACAAUCUUCCCAUUGCGACCAUCUCUCCUUUGUGCCGUGUAUUAGGAGAGAGCAGCUCAUCUCUGACCGCGUGGAUGGGGAGAUUGGAUUUCCUGCCAUGUUAAUUCUACGCUCUACUGUGACACUCUACAGUCACUCUUCAAGUUUGUCUGCAGGAUGGAGAAUAACUUGCUUCUCUAUGCAGAGGCUUACCUCUGUUGCUGAAGAUUAAAAACUAUCAAGGGGCUUACGGGAUGAAAUGUCUUUUCCCUUCACAUACGAUAAAAAUGUAUUAUUGGACAGUUAAGUAGACUGACACAGAGAAGGAAAGCCCAGCAGGCUUGGGGCUGUGUCCUGACUAUGUCAUCAAUGAGCCAUGUGCAAUCAUGGAAACAUUUUGUUAAACCUGAUUGAACUCUUCCUUCUAAAAUGAGUUACUGAAGUCACCUGAGCUCUAAAGAUUAGAAAAGAGUUAAGUGCCCAACACAGCAAAAGCCCUCAUAAAGUAAGACCACUCUCUGUGAGAGUUUCUUUAUUAACUUGGCUUCUGUAACCAAUGGGCCAUGCGUCGUAAUGGCCACUUUCCUGGAGUUUGAGGAAAUAUUUUAAGGGGACAAGGGAAAGUGCUGAGGAUACAAUAAUGAUCUAUACAGAAUACCAACUACUUGACCUAAGGAGAGGUGGAUCAUUUGGCAUGGGUUUGAAAUGGCAUAAGAAGGGAGGGAUAUUUUCCUAGUGAUUUUGACAACCCCAAGGUAGCCAUCUUUUACUCCCAAAUUGGGAGUUGUCAAUUGACCAAGUGGCAUAGAAAUUCCUAGUCAGCCCCCCAACUUAACGUCUCCUUUUUGAGGGGGGAGGGAACUUAUGAAUUUGGAACAUGUUCACCUGUCUCCCUGCUAGUUCAGGUGGGGCUAAGAUACCACGUAUGCUAAUGGAGUGCAUUUGGCCCAUUGCACAAAUCCAUCUACAUCAGCUGUGCAUUUUCCUCUAUUGAAAGGUUGCUCCACUUCAAAACUUCUCACCAAGUCAAAAUCCUAGUAACAUUUCCACCUUAGCACUGUACCACAAUGGCCAAGCAGCUGUACUGCAACAGCCUUCUCCCUGAGGGUCUUUCUGAAAUGGUGGGACAGAGUGCUAUACAAGCUUCUCACCCACACUACUCUGGCUUUUCCUGAUAGCCCUGACACACACACACACACACACACACACACACACAUAGUGGUUGUCAUCUGUUAUAUGGCUCUGUUUGAGACUAAUUGCAGGGGAGAUAUCUAUCUAUCUAUCUAUCUAUCUAUCUAUCUAUCUAUCUAUAAAACUUCAGGUAUGGUUUAAAUUUAAUUUGGGUGAUCUUCUAUGCCUUGUCUUUAUUUAAAAAUUUAAAUGCAUUUCAAAUGGCCUCUGAGGUCCCAGUGGACAAGAAGGUUGUUAUAGGUUUGGGGUUGGAGGCUGAGAGUGGGGGUAGACCUGGAAGCUGCAAGGACUGAGAACUGAGGUAGAGGGAGCUAUCAGCAGCACGGUGCUUACCUCAAUCUCAAGUAUGGCUGAAGAAUAAGGAAUAAAUGCAGUACUCCUAAACACCCAUACCAGAUUCAUAGACAGUCCGUUAGUUCUAGCAGAGUGCUUCCGCACUUCUGGCCCUUGAUCAAUGUUGGGGGACAGUGGAGCAUGACCUAGCUUCUCUGCAACGGUGUCCUGCCCUUUCAUAUGCUGUGACAUUCCCCAUAGACUCCCUUCCUAUUCUCUCCUCCAUGGUCUCUGUCCUCUUUCAUACUAGAAUUCUUGGCCGAUAAGACCCAGGGGGUCCUGAGUUGACUUCUGCAGAGGGCACCCCCGAAGGCUGAGUAAACAGUGAAGACAUUUGGAAAGGUAUCUUUGUGGACAGAAAA